GAAGUUUUGUGGUUUCAUUUUUUAGGCAUAAGUGGUGUCGGCUUUGACACUUUGACUGUGCUUGGUAUUGUCUGCUGGUCGUGUUUACCUCGUUCAAAAGGACUAGAGCUAAUUAAAUUUCGAAGAAGAAGAAUUAUUGGACUAUACAUAUUGAACUUUGAAACGUUCUCUUGCUAUGACAGAUAAUAUUAAUGUAAUUUCGAGACCGAAAGUUAGAUUCUGUCAAUUUUCUGACAAUAUACAAAACAAGACAGAGAUCGUUAAAAAUUGUAAACAACAAUCUGGUCGGCAAACAAGUGGUCUAAGAAUCAAGGAAAUCGUGACUCUCGAGAAACCCAUCAGAAUUGUAGAUCCUAUACAUUUUGCAAGUGUUUGUGACAGAAAUACAUUUUCAAGUAAUUGUAAUAUCGACACUGUAUCAUUUAAUUGCACUACAUCUGGCAAUGUCCAAAAUGUAUCUUUGUCCGAUAAAAAUAUGCCGAAAGUUGAGAGUAAAAUGAUUUUACGUGAUGCAAAUAGUAUUAAGAGAACAAGGAAUGGUAGUAGUAAAAUGUUGCAGCGACAGAACAAAAGUUUACAAGAUGACGUUUUAAAAGACAGCACAAAGAGUAUACAACAGAAUGGUAAAGAAAAUAAAUUGAAAAAGUCUAUAUCUAAUAAAAAUGUGAGCAAUACGACAACAAGAAACUUUCAACAAUCGAUUACCCGAGAGAAAUUUAAAUUUCCUACGAAUAAUAUUCAUAUGCCAAAAGAAAAUAUUCAAGAUUUUAAAGCAUCAAAAAUGACAAAGCCGCAAUCUGUGUCAAACAUAAAAAAAACAAAUUCAACGAUCGAUGGCAGAAUUCUUAAUACAAAAUCUAUUUUUCCACAGUACAAAAUUAUGACAAGAAAUAAAAUAUCUCCAGUUAAAAAAAUUAUAUCGCGUAAUGUAUCAGGUCCUAAAAUCGAAACAUCUGUGGGAUCAGUUUUUCGUAAAGAACAGGUUGAUACAAAAAUAAGUGAUGGAAAUGAAAGAUGUAUCGUUGGAAUGGAUGUUAGUACAGUAGAAAAUUUAGUGCAACCAGAAUACAAUUCUAUCAUGUAUACUGUUAAUAAGCUGAAAGAACUUGAACAGCGGAAAAUUGUUGUAGACAUCAAUCAUUUGCCAUUUGCACUAAAGAGUUUUCUAAAUGGAAAGAUUUCUGCAGCACUUGAUUUUCCAUUGGAUGAGACAAUUUACAAAAAUUUAGUAGAUUUGAGUAUCGAUGAAAGACAAUUACCAUCCAUUGUUACACGAACUAAAGAUCCAGAACCACGGCAAAAAGAUAUAGUACCACAACUUUCUGAUUUCUUUAUACCCGAAGAUAUAAAGGAGAUUUGUGAGGCUGUACAUGUUAAAUUUCGGACAUCAAAGAUUGACGAUAAUUGGAAUGCCUUUAAAAUUAGUAACAGAAUACUCGAAUGGAAAUACAGUAUAGAUGAUAUAGAUUAA